GAUCACCAGUACAAAAAGCAGCUGGCGCGUGACCUCUGAGAGUAGGACCUGCUCUCUUGUUUUACCCGUUUUCGGGAGGGCUGAUGACGAACGAAGAAACGCAUCGAGGUUGCUUGAAAAUGUUUACCUUGCGGAUUUUAUGAAAAAUCAUCAGUGCUAACUUUUCAAAUCCUGAAACUGAUAUUUAUUAAAAAUUUGUAAAAAGUGGUUACUGCGUUUUGCCUUCUCUGGGAUGCGCCGACAGAUGCCCACAAACGGUUUACCACCUCGAACUCUGUUGCCUGCGUAUUAAAAAUCCGGCCUUCAUAUCAGGAGUUGUGUAACCAUUUCUAUACUCCACCAUGGUGCAAGGAGUGUACAUUUUCAGGCUAUUCCGCGGCCGUACACCCUGGGAUUACGAACGAGUUUGCCACUGCAGCUUCCAAGUUCUGGUAUUCGUUAAUGGCAAAUGGUACCCAGUUUAUCGACAGACGAGGUCGUGUUAAUUUCAAGCCGUUUAACACCCAAUGGUUUCAACCUUAUGAUGUGUAUUUUUCGGGCGUGCUGGAUGGAACUAUUCGGGGCAUUGCUGAUCAACCAGCUAGACCGGGAGACCAGUCAAUAACCUCUGCGCUGACCAACAGCGGAUGGCUACGAAUCGCGGACGAUCCGGCCGCCAACGUUGGACAAAAGCUGGAUUUGGCGGCUCUCACUAUUCAGCGUGGUCGGGAUCAUGGAUUAUCUAGCUACGAUUUCUGGCGGAGUGUGUGCGGUCUGAAGAUGGCCACUUCAUUCGACGAUCUCAGAGACUCCGUCAGUGAAAGCAAUAUUAAAAUAUUGUCGGCUGUUUACAGUACCGUCCAUGAUAUUGACCUCUUCACUGGAGGGCUAUCCGAAAUUCAUGAGCCAGGGGCAUUAGUCGGGCCGGUGUUUUCCUGUAUUAUUGCAAAAAAGUAUCGUAAUCUGAGAGUGGGCGAUCGAUAUUGGUAUGAAAAUGAUCUUCCGGAAACCCGUUUUACGCCAGAACAGCUGACGGAGAUACAUACAACCUUGGCAAGAAUUUUAUGUGAGAAUGGCGACAAUAUUCCGUCUAUUCAACCUCACGUUAUGCUGCUGCCAGAUUCGUUACUGAACGCGGCAAUGCCUUGUCGGUCGCCAUUUUCUGCUUCCUUAGAUCUCAGCUUGUGGAAAGCAGCAAUACCUGCGGAUCCCGAAAUCUCACCCGAUAUCUUGAUGAACAUCUUGGAAAAGGCCCGCGAAGAAGUCACCGUCACUGCCUUAGCUGAUCUUGCCCGAGCACAGGCUCAAGGCAGCCAAUCCGGCCGCAUUCGUACCGCAUUCAACAGCCCGACGGCCGCCGUCCGAGCCAUGAAUCUCGAGUCCAACGCCUUCAUCCAGGGCACCAAACAUAUACUUAAACGCCAAUUCGUCAACCGGACACCCUCCAUUACCAAUAUGUCAAGUGUUAUGUCCAAGCUGAAGCGCUUUGACGGACUGAUUAAACCCAAACUGGAUGGACCAACGGAAAAUAUAUUAACAUGCGCCGAACGCUUCGUCCCGUGCGAUCACACCAGUAGGUACCGCAGCAUUUCGGGUUGGUGUAACAAUCUCCAGCACCCCGAAAGAGGAUCAUCGGAGAGGAUAUUCGGCCGUCUGCUCGAUCCCGCCUUUGCUGACGGUGUCGACGAACCUCGCAACAUGAGCGUCACAGGCGUGCCUCUGCCGUCCACCCGGGAGGUCCAACUGGGAGUCGUAGAGGAUGUGGAUCGGCCGCAUCCUCGUUACAGAGCAGGAUUGCAUUAUGCGUGCACGCACAUGUUCAUGCAGUAUGGCCAGUUUGUGGAUCACGAUAUGACACUAACGCCCAUCGCAACUGCUUUGAAUGGGUUCAAUUUUAACUGUCGAUCAUGCAACGCACAGGAGAUGACCAGUGCGAAUUGUCGGCCUAUCCCGAUUCCACUGGCGGAUUCAAGUAUGACCCCUUUUAUCAGCAAUACUACGGAGCGUCGCUGCUUGGCUUUUAUCCGCUCCGCAACCGGCCGCACAUCGUUUGGAGCGCGGGAGCAGGUGAACCAGAACACGGCAUAUGUGGACGCCAGUAUGGUGUACGGCAGCACUCUCUGCAAGACCCAACGUCUGCGGACGUUUGUUGACGGCAAGCUGAAUUCUACAAAGAACCCCAAUGCCGGUCUGAAAGAUCUUCUGCCAACCACAAUCGACUCAACUGAUAUAGAAUUCAUCGAAUGUCUUAAUUCGGUUCCUGGAAACUUCUUGGCUGGAGAUACGCGCGAAAACGAAAGUCCUGGAUUGACUGUUUCUCAUACCAUAUGGAUGCGUUUGCGUAACCAAAUCGCCACCGAGCUGAAACGGGUGAACAGUCACUGGAAAGACGAACAAUUGUUUCAAGAACCGCGUCGUAUCCUGAUUGCCGUGCUGCAGCAUAUCAGCUUCAAUGAGUACUUCCCACGCAUAUUAGGCGAAGCACUGACUCAAGCAGUCGAUCUACGAUCCCGACGUUCCAGUUAUUACACGAACUACGAUCCAAACUGUGACGCAAGGCUGGUCAAUGAGUUUUCCGCCGCGGCGUUCCGUUUCGGACACACGCUGGUGCGUGAAUUCGGCCGGUAUGACAACAAUUUUAUCGCCGGCAACCGCAGCCGGGUGAAGUUAAUGGAGCACUUUGCCCGCGGAGACAUCUUGUACGAGGAUUUGGGAAUCGAUCAGUUGCUCAUUGGUUUAAUUGUGGAGCCGAUGCAAAACAUGGACUCUGUUGUGACAAAAGCUCUGACGGAUCAUUUGUUCGAAGACCGCAGUAGAAAAUUCAGCGGACAGGAUCUGGUGGCCAUCAACAUAAUGCGCGGUCGGGAUCGCGGUCUCCCGGGAUACAAUGAAUUUCGCGAAUACUGUAAUUUGACGCGUGCAGCCGAUUUCAGUGAUUUGACUACAUACAUUCCGGACGAAAUUGUGGAGGCGCUUAAAAAAGUCUACAAGCAUGUGGAUGACAUUCACCUGUACAUUGGGUAUUCAGUAUUUUGUAGGUGCCAUAGUUUUUUUAAACUAUACAUAUUUUAACGUGUGCGCGAUUUGAAGGUCGCUUAUGAGUUAUGGAUGACUGAUUUUGAGAAUGGGAAGAGUUUACUUUCGGAAGCCAU